UAAAGAAAAAAAGAUCCUAUUUGCUGUGUGGAGAAUGGAUUGGAAAAGAGAAAGUAGGAGACCAUGGAGGAAGCUGUUGCAGAAACCCAAGUCAGUGAGACACACUUGGUCAACUUUAAAUGUUAUAGAAGAAAGAUGGCAGUUGUUUUAUUCAGAGCACCUUCUAAGGAGCAGGACUGGUGGAAGAAGCUCAAGAGACUGUGAGGCCUGAGUGAGUGCUUUCAAACCAGUGCCUGGGGCCCACCAGAACACUGACUGACCCGGGUAUCUGGAUGCAGACCUGAACUGGCAGAAGGAAGGCGUUCCUAGAAGGAAAUUGCAGAGGAUAACAACAUGGAAAAGAAGCCCCUGGAUGGUAGAAAGGGUCCCCCCCGCAGAGAAGUGCCCCCCGUGGUGGGGCUGCUGCUGGCCAUGGCCCUCAUGAACGCGCUCCUCUACCUCUGCCUCGACCGGCUCUUCAUCUCCACUCCGCGCUCCUCCCUGGACCCCCGCCACUGUCCCUAUGGGUACUUCAGAGUGGGACAGAUGAACAACUGCUCAGCAUGGCUGUCCUGUGAGGAGCUGAGGACAGACGUGAGGCCGCUGAAGCGUGUUGGGGAAGGAGCCGUGAAGAGAGUCUUUCUGUCCGAGUGGAAGGAACGCAAAGUCGCUCUCUCCCGGCUCACCAGUCUGGAGAUGAAAGAGGAUUUCCUGCAUGGACUGCAGAUGCUGAAAUCUCUGCAGGGUAAACAUGUUGUCACGCUGCUCGGCUUCUGUGAAGAGGACAAUACCAUUCUUACCGAAUAUCACCCCUUAGGGUCCUUGAGCAACCUGGAAGAAACAUUCAACCUUUCCAAGUACCAAAAUGUGAACACCUGGCAGCAGAGGUUGCAGCUGGCCAUGGAUUACGUCGGCAUCAUCAACUACCUGCACCACAGUCCCCUGGGCACGCUGGUCAUGUGCGACUCCAGCGACCUGCCCAAGACACUGUCCCAGUACCUGCUGACCAGUAACUUCAGCAUUGUGGUGAACGACCUGGACGCCUUGCCCCUGGUGAACCACAGUUCUGGGAUGUUUGUAAAGUGCGGCCACAGGGAGCUUCACGGGGAUUUCGUGGCUCCAGAGCAGCUGUGGCCCUAUGGAGAGGACACACCUUUUCAUGACGAUCUCAUGCCCUCCUAUGAUGAGAAGAUCGACAUCUGGAAGAUUCCAGACGUCUCCAGUUUCCUUUUGGGGCACGUCGAAGGGAGUGAUAUGGUCCGAUUCCAUUUGUUCGAUAUUCAUAAGGCCUGUAAGAGCCAGAGUCCUGCGGAGAGACCCACCGCUCAGGCUGUUCUGGACACUUACCAGAAGGUUUUGAAUGCACUCAGAGACACUGUGGUGUCUCAGACAAGAGAAAUGCUCUAAAAACUGGUCCGGUCAGUGGAGGGUGGGAUUUAAGGAACAAGUGGAAUAGUUAGAGCAGUUCUGCUCUGACGUGAGCUUGUUGCCCUUCAGCCGUGUGGCUCGGCCUCUGCAUCCACGUGCACACGCGAGCCUUCUGCCUCUCCCGGCCACCUGGGUAGAAGUUGUGAGCAGGAGCGCCGACUUGAUUGAAGUCUGGCUACACUUCUAAGGCUGAUCACUCCCAGGUGAAGAGGCAGAGAGGAAGCGAAUCUAAACCUGUAUCUGAAGGAAGUAACAAACAGGCAGCUACAAAGAGCCUUCCCCUCUCCUAAUAACCGAGCUUGUAAGCUUGUAAGAAAGGUAGAUAGAGAAGAUUUUUAAAUAGCAGUAUAUGAAAGAAACAAAGUAGUUCUCCAAAGAAUUGUUUUUUCUCAUGUUUUGGGGUGGUAAUCACCAUACCAGGUCAUGGGGGAAUAUUUCUGGUCUGUUUCACUUGGUAUGAGUGAGGCCACCUUUACUGUUUUAAAUGAUUGCUGCGUGGAGCUCCUGUGCUGUCCUUCCUAGGAGCUAAAGGAGAACUAGCUAGCAUGUUCUUUGAAACAUUGAAUGGACAUGGCAUAUUUAAAACAGCAAGUAUAAGAUAAAUGAUAUGUGUUACUGCCUUGGAUGGUACUUAUAAAAUUCCUGUUUACCUUCUUGCUGGGUUUUCUGUGUCCAAAAUUAAUUAUUGUGAACAUUUUACAUCAACAUUAUCACUCAUCACUGGAAAGUGUCAAACCCUUCCACUCGAGUUCCACGAUUGAAUCUUUCAAAAAGCUUCUUCCUUGCUCAGCACCAUCCUCAUUUGCAGAGGAUGAUGGGUUUGGUGCAUAUUAAUCAUCCCUAAUAAGGUGGUUAAAGCUGACAUUGAGGGAUAGGAUCACUGGAAUAACAGGGACCUGGGCCUUACCCAG